AUGGGAAAUACAGUGGCAAGCGGAAUCACAACUUCGAUUAUCCUGGAAACCAUUCUGCUCCGGCGCGGAGCCGACCAGCUCACGUGGCCCAUGGCGGCACGUACUGCGAUGGGAAUGAGUAUGGUCUCCAUGAUGGCGAUGGAGUUCGCCGAGAAUAUGGUGGACUAUCAUUUGACGGGGGGUCAGGUCAACCUCGAAGAUCCGCAGUUUUGGAUGGCGGCGGCUUUGUCGAUCGGUGCCGGAUUCCUGGCCCCAUUGCCGUACAAUUACUUGCGCCUGCGAAAGUAUGGAAAGGCAUGUCAUUGA